AUGUCGGAACCAACAGCAGCACAGCUCAAGGACGAGGGCAACGAUUUCUUUAGGAAGCAAGACUAUGUUGGGGCAUUAGCAAAAUACACCGAGGCUAUUGCUCUGGAUGACAAGAACGCUGUUCUUUACGCGAACAGGGCUGCUUGCCAUCAUGGUUAUAGAGCUGCGGCUACGCAAAUUGAUCCAGGUUAUGCAAAAGGGUGGUCACGACUAGCAGCAUCUCGAGACGCUCUUGCGGAGUGGGACCGAAGUGCUGAAGCGUGGCAGAAGGCACUGGAUGCACUCCCCAAAACCAACCUCAGUCCCGCAGAGCAGCGACAGAAAGAUCAAUAUAGUGCCGGUCUGGAUGCAGCCACAACCCGUAGCAAGACCACAGAGAGCCCAUCUGUUUCUCGUUUCAAAGGAGAAGAUGCCAAUCUUCCUUGGAAAAUCGCGACGGAGAUGCUUCCUGAACUCCGGAAAGGGGGUCCCGAAAAAUACUCUAGCAGUGCUUGGGUGAUUUCAUAUGCAUACGAGGAAUUCACGAAAGGGGUGGCAUUUAUGAAUGAAUUCAAAUCAAUUCCUCACCCUCAAGCUCCAGGAGGCUUUGCCUACGGCGGAAAUACGAUGGGCUUGACGUAUUUGACCAAUGGUUUGAUGCGUGACGAGCGCGCGUUCCAUCUAGAUGGCCCCGACUGGAUUACCAAGUACAAUAACCAAGUCAAAUUCGAAGCUACGGCUCGCCAAGCCUGGCACUCCGACGGGGUCGAAAAUAUCAAGCAACUGGCACAGAAACGCCUGAAGGAAAAGGGAUGGAAUGAUGUACGCCCCGCUUUGUCGGUGACAGUUCGUGCAUGGAUAAUGAGGGGCAUGUUGGACGGCCAUCUGAGAAACAAACCUGACACCGGUGUUCAGUUCUUGAAACGGGCUGUCGACUUGCUUGAAUGGGGUCGAAAUGUUUGGAAGAAUGUUCACAAGGAUGAUCGUGGAGCGAUUUUCCAGGAUACAUUUUUGCGAGGCGUGCGUAGCUUGCACCUGAAGAUGUUUAUGAACGCUUACAGCGCCGAUCCUGGCUUGAACUCCAAGUUCCCCCUUGAACAUCUGAAAGAAGAGGCUGAAGAUCUGCUCAAAGAGAUUGAGAUAGCAUCAAAGAACCCUAGUAAGGAGGAAGUUGACCCUGGCAUGGUAUCGUCUUUCUGUAUAUAUCCUGCUGCAGUUGCUUAUACGAUGAUAGGAUUCUAUCAUGCACAGACAGCUCGGCACAGCGAUGACGUUCUCGCAUGUAUUAGCUUUGCGAAUGGGGCAAGUGCAUACUUGCAGGCAGCUAAAACGUACCCCGAGGACGACGAAUUCCAUGCAUUUUACUUGAGCUGCGCUAUGGAUUGUAUGCGAAACGCCGGUCUCCCUAUUCGCGACUUCAACCUAGCUGCCGUUACUUUACGUGCAGCCGUGCCCAAGAUGAUGAAGAUAUGGACAGUCUCUGCUCUGCAGCAAGGCGGACGAGACGAGAAAAUACAAGCAAACUUGCGCAGCGCAGAUGAGAUGAUGAAGCUUGUCGCCGAAGGGAAGUUGACACUGGAAGAUCCUGUGCCUUUGUGA